CCUGAACCGGCACACGCCGGCAGCGCUCCCGAGGCACCGGACCGGAGCGCUCCCGCAUCUUUCAAAAGGCAGCGAGCGCGCGGCACGGCUCUCCUGGCUCGCACUCAUCAACACCGCGCACCACGGGCGCCUCUUUCGCCGCCUCGCAGGCCGCACCCAAGCUCUCGCAAGUCUCCCCAGCGUGCCGCCUCGGCCGAGCCGCCGCCGCGUGUCCAGCGCACCCUUGCCUCGCUUCAGCUUCAGCCAUCGUCCUGCAUCUGCCACAAUCGAUCUGGCACAUCAUGCCACCCUCACUCGCGCCUCCCGCCCUCGAGCCUCCCGCUGGUCUGCCCGCCGUUGCACCGCCCUGGACGCUCUCCGCCUCCUCCUGGAUCUUCCCACACUGGACGUCUCCCUCUCACAUCUCCUCGCAGCGCUCUGCCUCCUGCUCCGCCGCCGCCAGCUCCGCCUCUUCGCUGGCGCAGCGGCAAGGUCUCGAUGCUGGCUCAUACGCGCCUCGCGAGGUGCUCUACUUGGGCGCCGAGGCCGAUGUCUUCAAGGGAGGCCUGGGCGGAUGGAUCAUCUAUCGCUACACGUCCAGUCCUGUGGGGCCAUACGAUGAGCUCAUCCACGUCGCUGGCAGCUUUGCGAGUGCCGAGACUGGUCUCACCACUCUGCGCAUCACAAACAUCUACGUCUCGACGGAUGUCUCGGUGUGGAAUGGUCGCCGCAACUGGAACAUCCCCAAGCAUCGCGCCGUCUUCUGCUUCGACGACGACACCUCUUCUUCUUCUUCUGCCGGCAGCGGCGGCGCGACGACUGUGCGCAUCUCGCAUCCGCACCACGCCGCCUCGCCGUUCUUCGCCGCGAGGCUGGCGCCGCGGCGCUGGUCUCCCUCGCUGCCCGUGCGGCCGUGGAUGCUGCCGACGCUCGCGUUGCUCGGGCCUCCCUUGCUCACGGGCGCAUACGAGAGCGAGGGCGCAAAGCAAGUCGUGGUGCAGUCGCAGCCAGAAGCAGCUUGGCGCAUCUCUCAGCCUACGUUUAGCGGCUCGAUGCGCCUCGCUGCCGCUGAGCCAAUGCUGGACGGAGCAUUCGGCGAUGGCGAGAGCUUUGCAAAGCUGCAGCGCACGUGGUGCAGCUUUGGCUUCUACUUCCCGCAAGUCACAGUGACGUUUCCUCUGGCCCUCGAAGUAGGCCCAGGCGCGCGCAAGGCAGAGCAAGAGGGCGGAAAGACGAAGUGAAGCUUCACACUCAAGGCGAGAGGCGUGGGGGGGGGCAGUGGAAGAUCGAGUCGAAUGCUUUCAAUGACGAGUCAGUUUGCCC